ACCAACUGCAUCUGUUAUCCAUGAUGAAUUAUCGAAAUGGUAUCGGAUAUUAAAUAAUAGUAGUGCGAAAGAUAAAAAUGAAUUAGCGAUAUUAAAAGCAUUCCAAUCUGCAAAUGCAAUUAUUCCAACAUUGUCAACCAAAUUGCCAGCUUGCCCUAAAGAUAAACUUACAA